AGCGAUUGUGCGGGGUUCCGGUGUUGCGUCGAAAUGUUCCUGUCACGUCCUAAAAAAGCAACCAGAGGACAGUUUAUUCUUCUCGUUACAGCAACAGUUUUCAUGCUCAACCUCAGAUGCAGCCUGCUGCCAUUUAUCUCUAGAUUUGUUUCAGGCCUCACCUCUCGAGUUCGGGUUAGGGCAGCACUGAAUGGCUUCACAUUGGGAUGAAUCUUAAAGAACAGAAUUUUACUUUUUACUGAAAGGCGAGAAACUAGGUCGGUGUGGAGCUAUCCGGCUCUGAGUUUGCUGCAAACCUUCAGAUUUGAUUCAGUUACCUGCCCGCUUCAAAGAAGCACAAACGUCAUAUGACAAAAAUAUAAGGAGCUGCAAACAAAACAAAUUAUUAUUAUUAUUAUUAUUAUUAUUAUUAUUAUUAUUAUUAUUAUUAUUAUUAUCAUUAUUAUUAUUAUCAUCACAACAACUAUUUGCCCUGAUAUAUGAUAAGAAGGACCACAGACACCGGUCUCAUCCAUAAAUGGAUAUCUAGUGCAUACCUUUGAAGCUGUAUCAGCACUGCCCUCUGCUGGGCGGAUUUGGAACUGUCAUCCUGCCGUCAUAUUUUUUUUUUGUCGUUAUUCAAGGGAACAUUUUAAGCAUUUCGUCCCCCUCUCAUUCCGACUACACUAACACGUCCCGCGUGAACAACCCACUCUCCUUUUUUAUUGGUGCCUGCUGGUCGCGGGGAUGGGCACAGUGCUGCUGGAGCGAUUGCCACAACAAUGCCAAGAGAGGGUCUCCAUCAGAGAGCGAGAAUGGAAGAAGAAGGCGGUGUGGAGCAACAGCAGGCCUAAUGUGGCCAGGUAGUGUAAAAUACUGAUUGUUUCCUUUUUUGGUACCAAAUGAUCCUGAUAGAAAUUGAUGUGCGUUAGGGAGGUUGUAGGCUAUUAUGACACCAUGAAGGAGCGCGCUCUGAGCGUCCCUGCCUUUUUGAUGAUAAAACGCUAUUUUAGUGCUUCAUAUGAGCAAUAUCAAAACAAAAACAGCAUGCUGGUGGUGCUAUUAUCAUCUUUUAGGAUAUCUGUUGAGAUUUGAACCGAUAUUUCUAAUUAAAUUAGGCUAGGUUACGUUUAAUAUUUAAUGUUUUUCCUCUUGUUCCAAGCAACAAAAUGGGUAAGCGGCAGUCACAAAGGAAGUCGGUGCCGCCACAGUACACGCUCCCAAGUCAAGACAACAACAAUAAUGAGAAGGUGAGCUGCGGGUGAAGAGCAAAGCUCAGAAACACGGAUUUACGUGCACUUAUUAUGAAAGCUAACUUGAAUUUAGUUUUCUAAAAGCCUGUGUUUUUCUUAGAUUAAACUACAAAUUAAAUCUUUUAGUCGACUCUUUUUAUCUUGUGUAUUUUAAUUGACUUUAGUCCCAGAAUUAUUAUUUUAUGUUUUAACACUAUUUGUUUAUUUUCUUUUAUUGUUUGAAUUAAAAACAGUUUUAUUAUAUGAUUUUAUUAUUAUUACUAUUUUAUUUUUUAUCAUUUUAUGAGUUUCCUAUAUCUUAUCAUGGUUUUAUCAGUUUAGCUUCAGCUCCAGUGUUUCCCCAUUUUAGUUUAAGAGGGUUAGGGUUUGGUCACAAAAGACACUAGCAAAAAAAUAAAGUCAUAUUUAAAGUUCUUGAAAUUCCCCUUUUGAGCACCUCCAUUUUAUAUUUGUCCAUUAAUAAUUUUUUGAAAGCGCAUUUAAAUCCAAUAAGAAUAUCAAACAAGUUUUUAUUACUGCUUUCAGGCCAUUCCAUAGGGUCAUCCCCAAAACUGAGGUGCACACGUUAUAAGAGUACAGCACAGUACAGUUUUUCAGAUGUGUAAAGUGACCAUGAGCUUUAAUUGUGGAUAUGCAUCAGUUAUAAAUAGAAACAACUCUGCGAGUGACUGUCUUUUUGUGGUCACAGCGGCUGCAGCAAAGAAGAAAGCACAAACCCAACAACCCCUCAACCAAACACAAGCCCACUCAGCACAGGUAAGAUUGCUGAUCCUGCUACAUUUACAUGACUCUGCUUCUUCCCUCUAUUGAUAAUAUGACUUGCUUUUCUUUGUAGUGCUCUGGCAACCUCAGAGUCAAAGUCCAACUCACCCUCUACUGGAGAGGAUGGGAUGGGGCCAAAGGUGCAGCCUGCUGCUCAUCGCAGCAGCCGCAGAGAACAUAAGCACAAGAAUUACAGAGGGAGCAGACACACACCAGCCUUUCCCUGCCAUCGCUCGUCUGAGGCCAGUCCGGAUCAUCUCCAUAGGCUGAUUCCAAACCCAGAUGUAGGAGGUCUGAAGAGCCAUGGAGAGGAGGACAGUGACACUGACUUGUCUGAGUCUGAGAGACUUCCUGUGUCCCCCUCUCGUUGGGAUCCUCCCCAGCUUGAGCUGAGGCCAGAGGUCAUAGAGGACGGUUGCUGCGUUUCUCGGCGCUACAGGCCAAGAGGACGCAGCAAUGAUCGUCUCGACUUCCCUGACUUUCUCCCUCCACCUUUUAACUCCUGGAAUCUCAGUCAGCUGGCUGUCUUCUACAACAUGGAGGGCCGUGGGGGGCCACGACCCAGAGCUGUGGGCCCUUUGGAAAGGUACCUGGAGAGGCUGCUGCAGCUGGAGUGGUGUCAGAUUCAGACUGUGCAGGAGGAGAGUGGAAAGUCAGCUGCGUCAGAUGUUAUAUCCAGCUGCCAAAGGUCAUCUGCUGCUGCCACGUCACGCCUCAGCACCCCUAAGUGCAUCCUCCAAUGUCAGCGGGCCUUCCCUCUGACCUUCCUCUCAUCUUUGGCCAACCACUCCGCCCUGCUGUCCGGCUGUGCCUGCACUCUCUGCCGAAUUCGAUACUCUACCUCUUGUGGGACAUCAUGCUGUCGCUCUACACACGGCCACACCCAUCAGUCCAGGCUGAGUCCAAUGCUGGAGCACAGGGGGCCACUAUCACUCCCCAAAAGAAGCUACAGUGAGAGCCGGGCCCACUCAUCAGAGAGAAGCUCAGCAUCCCGGACCCAGAGGUUCAGCAGCCCUACAGGGACCAACAGCCAUCUGAGGAGAAUGCAAGCCUCAGGGAACAUUCGCAACUCUGCUCAAGGAGCCAACUUGAAGCCUCAUUCAACUGCAAGAGACUGCAGUGUUUGGGCCCCUUUUGGAGCCCUGUGGGAUGUGUGGGAUUACGAGACAGGAGGGUUUAGGAGGAGAAGUGGCUCAGGGCACAGGAGAAAUGGAGUAGAGAGACUACAAGUGGAGAAAAGACGGAGUGGAUCUGAGUGUAGAAGAGGCGGACCUGAGGUCAGAAGAGGAGCUGGACCAAAGGAACAGGACAUAAAACCAGAUGCUGUCACUGCAAUAAUGGACAAUCUGCCCGGGAAAAUGCCCCCUGUGAACAGAUCACACAGAACCAAACAGGUUGAAUUUGUUAAAUAAAAGCAGUGUCAGCACUGUAGAUGGAGUCAUAUUACCACAUCCAUCACUACUAUUCAAAAAGUUGAAUGAAGAGUGCAUAUUUUCAGCACUCUAACUUUAUUUGAAACAUUUGACAGAAAGCGGUUGUUUUUUUUUAUCAGCAGAUCUUUCCGUGUUACUUUCAUUAACACAAUAUGUGAAACUUGGUGCUGUGAUCACAGUCAGAUAAGCUCCUGCAGCAGUGAAUAUUCACAUGCUCAUCUUACAUCAUAUGAUGAAUGUAGAGGUAUUUAUAAUAAAACCUUUUUCCUUUUAAA